AUGUCGGGAUACGACACCGCGAUCCAGGGCCGUCUGACCCUCAAGGGCAGAGCGCUUCCCUCGAACGAGAAGAAGAAGAAGAAGAAGCGCAAGAGAGAAGAAGAUCAGGAAGAGUUCGAGGUGAAGCGGGAGAAGACCGAGACGGCGGAAGAGGAGCGAGGCGAGCAGAACGGCAAGGAUCCGAGCGAAGCUGACGGAGCCGAGGGAGACCGGUCCCCCGUAGGCGACGAAGAAGUCGACGAAGACUUGCUGCUGCUCGAGGAAGAACAGAAUCCGAACUGGACGCCUGCGGAGAAAGCUUUUCGGCUGGCCCAGAAAAAGAGAGAGAAGGAGCGCGUGAACGAGAGACUGAAGUUGACGCAUCGCCAGAGAAUGGAGAAGCUCAAUGCUCAUCUCGCAUCUCUCUCAGAACCGUCGCUUCUUCCGCCUCUGCGCCUGUCUCUUCCCAAUCACUCGCAACCUCUUCCUCUCCUGCGCAGCACGAUGGCGCCCAACUCGCCCCAGGUGUCUCCGCCGUCUCCAGCGGGGCCGUCUUCGUCGCGCGAACCGCCCGCGUCUGACGUUCCGUCUUCUUUGUUUUCUUCCGCCUGCUCGCCGUCGCAUUUCUCUCUCUCGAGUCCCUCUUCUUCUCCGUUCGCCGCGUCUCCCCCUUCUGCCGCAUUCGCCUCUGCCCGGUUCGGCGGCUCUUGCGUUGAGGAUUAUUGGUGGCGCGAAAAAAGUAAAGCGGCCGCCACGAGCCUCAUCGUCGACCGCGCGACCUCGACAGACCCCAGCGAGGAAAGCGACUUCUCUUACUCGCUCCCUGCCUCCUCGGUCUCUGCUGGCUUCUCUCACUCUUCGCUUUUGUCUUUCCUCUCUGGUCUCUUCGUAGCUUGUACGCGUGCAGUCUUCUCCGGCGGGCGAAAUCCUUCCGGCUGUCUCAAGCCCCGCGCGGAGUCCUCGUUCUCGUCGCCUCGCCGUCUCUUUGCUCUCCAGCUCCUCUCUCUUCUGCUACCCGUUGCGUUCGCCCCCGCAUGGCCCGGCUCGUCUUUGCUCGGUUUCUCUCCGUUCGCCGAGGCUGCAAACUACCGUUUCGACACACUGGAAAUUGCGCAUCGGUCGCCCGACCUACACCAUCCGCUGCCUUACCCCUUCGACGCCACUGCGUGCAGCUUAGCUUCGCUGAGGCGACUGGGAGAGCGGCUGCGGGACACCAUGAAACAGAAGGCUCGCCACGUCUGGCGGAGGGGCGAGGAGAGUUCGGAGACUCUCGAGAAGGCUAUGAAGACCGGAGUCGUGAUUCACAAACUGGAGAGACGCCUCGACAUGAAGCGCCAAGUGAAGGUGACCGUGAAGGCAACGCUGGUGAACCACGGAUCCGCUCCCGUUGAAAACCUCACUUUUCUUCUCCCCUUUCAUGAGGCUGUGCAGGUCGGCUGGUUGGCUGCUUCGCAGGGAGGUAAACCCGUCUCCUUUGACGCCGUCUCGGAGCGCCCGCGCAUUUCCUCGUUCUCACCUCACUCCACUUCUUCUCUCUCCCACGACGCACUUCUCGUGGAAGAAAUCGAUCACGUUCUGCAACGUGCCGCAGGCUUAGCGCCCGAUUCCCUUUCAGGAGAGAGCGGCAGCGCGCGAGACCCAAGCGGCGAGGAAAAGAGAGAAGAGGGGAACGAUGUGUGCCCGCCUCUCCUCUUGAAUCUGAAACUCCGGAAGCGACUGGAGCCGCAAGGCAAAACAUAUGUCGAGAUCUCCUAUAUCUUAGGUCGCGCGUACCGCCCUGUGCCCCGAGCGGUGCCUUUGGCCGCAGUCCAGUCGGUCCUUUUCGCCUCCACUUCCGCGUGGCCGUCGCCGUACCCUGCCCCACACGGAUGUUCGACAGCUGUUGCCUUGGCUCCUGGCGUUUCUUUCGGGACUGCUGGAGCGGACCGAAUCAUUCGAACAUACGGCUUUGAGCAAGAGGCGCCACCCGACGGCCCGUGGGUGACCCGCGCUCCUGGCCCCAUUCUCCCCUUUGCGAUGAGCGCUCCGUUCGUGCUCCACAUGCCUCUGCCGAUGCAUUUGGGUUACUUCCUCUCGGCGGAGCGCUUCGUCGAGGUUUCGCACUUUGGCAACAUCUUCUUUCACGAGUGGUUUCGCCUCCACAACGACGCGGCGAAGUUCGAAGGCUCCUACGACGCCAUCACAGCCGCAGCUCUGCAAGGCAUUCAGCCUGGAGCUCCACGCUUUUCGCGGUUCAUGAAGCGCGACGGGGUGAACGAGCCGCGAGAGCCUCCGCCGUCUCACCUGCUGAGCCACCUUGUCGCUGCGCUGCCGAAGCGGGCUUUCGCCCUCGAGGUUUUCGACAAAAUUGGAAACAUCUCCUCCACGCGGGCUGCGCGGGUUGGACCUGAAGCCAGCCCGAUCUACACGGAACUCGAGCUGUAUCCACGCUUUCCGCUUUUCGGAGGCUGGAACACAGACUUCCAAAUUCAGUACAAUCUGCCUGCGCGGGCGGUUGUGGUCAAGCAUGCAGAUGCGCAUCGCUACACCCUCAAUUUAACUCUCGCUCCGCCGUUCAGGGAUAUUUAUACCGAAGAUGUCUUCCUCAACAUUGCCCUUCCCUCAGUUCCAAAGACGUUCUGUGCCCCGGCGCGAUGUCCUUCAGGUGCUCAGAACAUCAGCGUCGCGUCUCCGCGCAGGGUUGAGUGGGAGGCGACGGAGACGCUCCAUUCCUGGCUCGAUGUCUUCACUUCGCGGCCGCUGCUGAAACUGCAUUUCCCUUCCUCGUUUGUUCCCGACCGCUACAUUCUUCAGCACAAAGUCCAGGUCUCCUACGACUACCCGCCGUUCCUCGCAGUCGAGAUCUUCAAACAGCUGCAAAUUUGCCUCCUCAUCUUCCUCGUCUUCCUGCUCGCGAUUCUCCUGCAGAGACUCAGACUCCGAAUCGCGUCUCCGAGCGAAAAAGAGGAGCAGGAAACGGAGGACACGGCCCUGUCGGUCAUGCACCACCUGCUCGAGGUCUUUGAAGAAAUUUCGCAGAGAUCAGACGACCUCAUUGAGGCAAUGCGAUAUCUCGCUGCUUCACCUUCUUCGCUUCAGCAGGCGAAGGCUUCGGACCUUCUGUCGCAGUGGAAAACUCGUCUGGAUCGCGCGUCCAAAGCUAUUGACAAGAAUCUAGAUCUGUUGGGCAAGGAACAGCAAGACCGGUUCUUCCCCGGCCUGCGACAUUGCUUCCAGGUGUACGGACGCGACGUUGAGGGCCUCGCCAACUGUUUGAGAGAUCAGGAAGCAGACGUGCGCAGAGUCGCCAUCGCGCAGGCAAGAGCAGACUUGGUUGCCUCGGAGCUUUUGCAGCACAUCAAACACCCCGAGCGGCAACGGCAGGCGAUCGUUGAGAGCGCCGAUCUUUCGGCGUUGCGAGAACGCCGCGAAAUCAAGAAAGAAAAUUAA